GAUUGUGGACGUUACAUGGGCCGCUAAGAGCAAGAAUUUAGAAAUGGAAAGAGACCCAAAGCUUUCUAAUGCGCAAAGAUCUGUGGACGAUGCCGUUAAAGCUUAUGCAUUACAAGCUUGUGGAGUCCUCGACGAAUUCGCAUUAGUCGUCAGUAGCAUGGACGAGAUUGAAGCUCUGUUGGAGCUACUCAGAGGUGCCGAGCCACCUUAUCGGCUUCUUAGCGUGGUGAUUAAGGGCCCCGUUCCGCAGGAAAAUGUGGUUGACCCCCUCGUAGCACAAAUGAGGGCCGCUUUGGAGGGCGAAGGCUUCACGUUGCAGCGUGGGAACUUAUACAACCUUCCUUACUACGACCUUCCCCAGGAUUUCCUGCAGGCUGCGGAGCAGCCGGCGGACUAA